AUGGCAGCUUUGGACGGAAUACCAUUCAGUGUAUUUUGUACUUUUGAGGAUCUGCGAAGACUGUUUACAAAUUCUGGCUACAAUAAAUUACCGAAGACUCCAAAAGGUAUAAAAAAUAUAGUCAUAAACUAUAGUAAACAGGAAAAGAAAAAACUGGUGACUGAACUGAAAAAUCUAUUAGCCCUUGGUAAAAAGUUUUCUUUGAGUUUUGAUGAGUGGAUAUCAUCUUGUAACGCCAGAUAUAUGAAUAUCAACAUUCACAUAGGAGUUGAGUUCACAGAUGACUCACGUUUCAAAAAUCUGGGUUUGGUGCGAAUGGAUGGUUCAAUGCCAUCUGAGACGUGUAUCAGACUUUUGAAAGAAAAGCUUUCCGAAUUUGAGCUUUCUUUAGAUAGAGAUACAGUCGCAAUAGUCACUGAUGAUGCCAGCAAGCAAGGCGGCGCGGAAAAUGUGCGAUUCUCUGAUACUGCUGUUACUGCUGGUGGAAGUGAAAGUGACUCCGAAUUCGAGAACGACGCAGAUAGUGCUGAAUACGAAACCGGGGGAUUUGAAGUAAUACCGGUGGUGUCAAACUCAAACCCAAACGAGCUUAAUAAUUAUUAUAAAAGUGUCAUCAGUAAAGUACGUGCAGUAGUCAAAAUUUUCAAAAAUUCUCCAGUGAAGAAUGACAUGUUUCUACAGAAACAUGUAAAACAGGAUACGGGAAAAGAACUCCAGCUACUAGCCGAUUGUAAGACACGUUCGGGAAGCAUCUCUACUAUGGUGGAUAGAUUCAAUAGGUUAAGAUCAUGUGUAUCCAAAGCACUGAUUGACAUGAACUCUGAUAUCAAGUUCACACAGAGCGAGUUUCAUACUUUGGACAAUUUCCAGAAAAGUCUGAAUAUUAUCAAAGUGACAGUCGAAGCACUGUGCAGGCAAAAUUAUGAAAAUGAACAUGUGGUUAGGGUUAUGGAUGAUUUGGCCUUGGAUAAUAGCGCCAGCAGCGUGAGUGGAGAUUUCGAAAGCGUUGAUUUUGCUAAAGAACUAAAUAAAGAAAUUGAAAAAUCAUUGAAGGAGAAAAAUACAAAUAUGCGAAAUAGAAAUGAAACAGAAGAUGAAGCUAACAUAAGUUAA